UCACAAUUCUUAAACUUGAUGGACCAUUUAUGUCAAAAAAACUCUAGUAUGCGAGGUGGCCACUAAUACUGAACCGGUCAAAAUCCUACUAGUUUAGGAAACCGGUUCUCCAAACCCUUAUAUUAAACCCGCCGACCUAAACACUUAAACCGGGGCCGACUUUAUUAGAAAAAUCGCCGUAAAUAAACGCACCCAUUUUUACUCUCUUUUGAUUUCUCUGGAAUUUGCUAUUUCCCGUAAAUAGCAAAGCAAAAACCCUAGCUCAAACGGCCAUGGCUUAUCAACAUCAAUCAGGCGACAACGACGAUAGCAAGAAUCGCCGUCUCUAUAACCCUUACCAAGACCUACAGGUUCCGAUUCAAACGCUGUACAAGCUUCCGACGUCGCCGGAGUUUCUCUUUCAGGAGGAAUCUGUUGCUCAGCGUAGAUCAUGGGGAGAGAAUUUGACUUAUUAUACUGGUAUUGGUUAUCUCUCCGGUGCAGUUGUCGGUGCGGGUAAAGGAUUUGUUGACGGUGUGAAAGCGUCGGAGCCAGGUGAUACGAUGAAGCUGAGGAUUAAUAGGAUCUUAAACGGGUCGGGUCAUACGGGUCGGAAGUUCGGAAAUCGAGCUGGUAUUAUUGGAUUGGUUUAUGCAGGGAUGGAGAGUGGAAUGGUUGCUGUAAGGGAUACGGAUGACGUCAUCAACAGCGUUGUUGCAGGUUUGGGCACCGGUGCGUUUUACAGGGCGGCUGCAGGGUUGAGGUCAGCAGCUGUUGCCGGAGUUAUUGGUGGUGUCGUUGUUGGCUUGGGAGUGACUGGAAAACAGGCGUUAAAGCGAUACGUUCCGAUCUGAGGAAUUUGUGAUGGUUUGGUUUUGGACUUAUGAGCUUAAUCUUGGUAGCUGUUAUUUGUUUCAAAAAUUUUGAUAAUACCUUGAGAAAAAUUGUGUUCUCGGACUGCUGCUCAUAAUGUUAUUUGGCAUGAAAGUUGCAUGCUUUCUAGAUAUGUUUAACAAUAUUAUUUGAAUAUAUAUUCUGAUAGUAGGUUUAGAGGA